AUGUCUUCUUCUUCUUCUACCACUAAACCUCACCCUUUGGAUCCCCUUUCAGCUGAUGAGAUACGUAGUGCAGCUGCCAUCAUCCGAGAAAAACGUGGCCAAGAUAAUACAACCUAUGUUUUCAACUCUUUGACACUCAAGGAGCCUGCCAAACAGCAAAUGAUGUUAUACCUUGGAUGGAUUAAGUCAUCAUCUCAACCCAAGCCUGUUUCCAUUGAUCGUGAGGUCUUUGCUGUGUUGAUUGAUCGUCCAUCUGGCCUAGUGCACGAGAUAACUGUGAACUUGAACAAGAAUGAGAUUACAAGCUGGAACAAGGUUGAGGGUAGACAACCCACUGUGAACGUUUUUGAGAUGCUGGAGGCCGAAAGGGAAAUCCUCAAGGAUGAGCGUGUGAAAGAGCAAUGCCGGCAGCUUGGUAUCACCGACAUGUCGAUGGUGUAUGCAGACCCUUGGGGAGUGGGUUAUCACGAGAUCAAGGGGAAACGUUUAGUACAAGCAUUGCUAUAUGCACGCACCUCGCCCAAUGACAACCAAUAUGCACAUCCUCUCGAUUUCAACCCUCUUUAUGACCUCAAUGCAAAAAAGGUGAUCGAUAUUGCGGUAUCCAAACGCCGUAACAGCAGCUUUGAGCGACCUGUAAUCCCCAUGGCCAACCAUCACUUUUUGCCGGAGCACUUGGGUGAGGAUCGUUUACGCAAAGACAUCAAGCCCAUCGAAAUUACACAACCCCAAGGAGUCAGCUUUUCUAUUCGUGAUGGCCAUCAGCUGCAUUGGCAAAAAUGGGACAUGCAUUUGUCAUUCAAUUAUCGGGAAGGUUUGGUGAUCAAUAACUUGAGCUACCGUGAUAUGGAUGGAACUGUGCGUCCUAUUAUCUACCGGAUGUCACUUGCUGAGAUGGUGGUUCCUUAUGCAAACCCAUACAAGCCUUACAAUCACAAGAUGGCUUUUGACGUUGGUGAAUACGGCCUUGGCAACCUUACAAACUCCCUUGAGCUUGGAUGUGAUUGUGUUGGCAAGAUUUGUUAUUUGGAUGCCGUGCUGAGUGACCUCAAUGGUGACCCUUGGCAUAUUCCCAAUGCCAUUUGCAUCCAUGAAGAGGAUACUGGUUUAUUGUUCAAGCAUUCUGAUUAUCGUACUGGCAAAGCACACUCUGCUCGGUCACGUCGGCUUGUCAUUUCACAUAUUGUCACCGCUGCAAACUACGACUAUGGGCUGUACUACUACUUUUAUCAAGAUGGCACGAUUCAAUAUGAAGUUAAGGCUACGGGCGAGUUGAAUACACAAGUACUUGCAGCUGAUGAGGAUGCUGCGCCUUAUGGAACCAUUGUUGCACCACAAGUGGAUGCCCAACAUCAUCAACAUUUAUUCAGCAUGCGCAUUGAUCCAAUGGUGGAUGGUCCAAACAACUCCGUUGCCGAGGUCGAUGUUGUUGCUUCAGACUUGCCUGUGGGUCAUCCACACAAUAGCGUUGGCAAUUCAUUCUAUCCUGUGACCAAGGUGUUUAAUACCACUGACGAGGCCAAGACCAUGGCAAGCAUUGAGCGUCAUCGAACAUGGAAGAUUAUUAACGAGAGCAAGAUCCAUCCAUAUGCCAAGCAGCCUGUGGGAUUUAAAAUGAUGGCUCAUCCUACACCACCUCUCUUGCCAAAGCCUGGAUCCAUUGUUUAUGAGCGUGCCAUGUUUGCAAGCAAGACGUUGUGGGUAACGCCUCAUAACGACCAACAACGCUUCCCUGGAGGCUUUUACUGCUAUCAAAGCGAACCAAGCGAGAACUUGGGCCUGCCUCAAUGGACAAAGGAGACUCAAAAUGUGCGUGAUACCGAUAUUGUUUGCUGGCUCAACUUUGGCAUCACCCAUAUACCACGUGUCGAGGACUUCCCCAUCAUGCCAAUAGAGACCUGUGGUAUCAUGCUCAAACCUGUCAACUUUUUCCUUGGUAAUCCCGGCAUUGACAUUCCUCCCAGCACACGUCAAUCAACAAAGAGCGCCUAUGCAAACGAUGCAACAUGCUGUCGCAGGAAUAACCUCUAG